UCCAUCCCCACCGGUCUGCCCUGUGGGAUGAGAGCUGGGCAGUAGACUGAAAGGAGCACAGACAGGAGGGCCGGACAGUCCCCCUCUCCUCCAGGACCUGCCGUGGCCACCGAGGGAGGCUCCCUUUCCCUUCCCGCCAUGGUCUGUGUGAGAAGCUUCCAAGGUGGCUUGUAUCUGCCAUGGGGUCCUGGGGUAGCUGACAGGCCUCUGACGGCCCCCACGCUGGCUCCCCCCAGCUUCUCCUGGGCAGGCCCUGCCACUCCAAUUCCGGCAUUUCUGGUCUGCCGCUUGUCUGUCCCUCCCUGGGAGGAGGAUUUUGCCCAAGGACAUGCGGAGGGUGGAGAGCCUUUCCCCUCCCUCUGCUCCAAUUGUAGAAAAGGAGGGGGUUCCCAUCCCAGGGCAAGGCUGCCACGGGAGCUCUGCCCUCACACAGACUUGGCUGCCUGUCCCAGUCACUGGUCCCCAGCUCUGACGUGAGCCCUUUGAGCUGGUCGGCAGCUCCGUGACGGGUGUGAGUGACAUGGCCAAGCAGCUGUCUGAAGAGCAGGUGGCCGAGUUCAAGGCGGCUUUCUCCAGAUUUGACAAGAACGGCGAUGGCACCAUCAACACCCAGGAGCUGGGUGCCGUGAUGCAGGCCCUGGGCAAGGAUCUGUCGGAGGCCGAGCUGAAGGAGUUCAUCGCCCAGGUGGACACGGAUGGUGACGGUGUCAUCAGCUUCCAGGAGUUCCUGGCAGAGGUGGUCAAGAGGAUGAAGUCCUGGGGCAGUGAGCAGGACAUGCAGGAGGUCUUCCGCACCUUCGACCUGGAUGGCAACGGCCGCAUCAGUGUGGACGAGCUCAAGCAGGCCAUGGCCAAGCUGGGCCAGACGCUGUCCCAGGAGGAACUAGAUGCCAUGAUCCAGGAGGCCGACACAGACAAGGAUGGGCAGGUGGACUACAAGGAGUUCCUGCGCAUCCUCUCCCAGAAGUGAGGCCUGGCCCUGGCCUGUCUCCUGCCUGACUCUGGUCCUCAUGCCUUCUCGGGGCCCCUGCUUUUGUGGUGGGGACAUCAAGGGGAAGUCUGGGUGGUGGAUGGGAGAUUACCUGUUGGUGGGAAAGCCUGGCCUCUCCUGGGCCUGGGUUCUGUGCUCUCUGUGCCCAGCGAGGCCUUAGAGCUGCUCCUGCAGAGAGAUGGGGAGCCCCCUGCCUCACUGGGCGGUCGUGAGGAAACCCAAAACAAUGUGGUGGUUGAAAUAAAAGGAAUGUGAACUCCAAGGUUGGUGUGUGCUGGUGCUUGAAUGUUUGGUUGGAAAGUGGAAAAUCAAAGGCUCCAGACGGUGGUAUUUGGGUUUCUUUUGCACCUCUGCCCCUUUCCCUGUGCCCGAGUGGGAGAACCGACCUGGGUAGGCCAGACGGUUCUCCUCCAGCGUCUCCCGGAUGCCUGAGGAGAACAGGUGCGGGACGGGUGUGUCGGGCUGGGAGAGGACACAAGAGGCACGUUUCUUUGGCUCGAGGUUCUGCCUGAGCUCCUGGGUCCAGACCGGAGGCUGGAGGCCAGAGCCUGGGACUGAGACACUCUCUACACCACAAACAAAGUUACCAUCCUUUGCACCAUCCUCGUCCUCUGCUGCCCCCAACCCCAUUCAAACUGGGGUUUGUGGCAUUGCAGUGUGGUUCCCCAAAAUCAGACCCACUGGAGGCUGCUCGUCACAGUUUUCAAGGCUCCCUUCCUUGUCCUGGUUCUCAGAGAUGGCUUAAUCCAAGGUCACCCUGCACGGGAGGAAACCGAGGCCAAGGAUGGUGUCGGAUUGAAAUCCCAGGGCUGUAGGGGAGGCAGAACAAGCCUGGGGCCUCAGGAUUCGGAAAACACACAUGGUUUUCCAGCAUAGUCUUCAACCAGCUGUGCGGCCCUGGGUGUCCUGUGAUGGUGGGCUUCUGCUUCCGCCUUCGUGAAAUGAGUUUUUCUUUUGCUUUUGGCAGUGACUGACUUUAUCUUUUCCUAGUUGUGCCAAGUCAGUGGUUCUCAGCUAAGGGUGGGGAGACAGAGCCAGCUUCCCUGGGGGGUUAUUGCAAAAUACCAGCACCCGCCCUUUCCCGCCUGCCCCUCAUUCCGGCACGGGUGGAGGUGAGUGGCAGAGCCUGUCCAGCCAAACCCCAGUGUGGGGGGCAGGGCCAGGUCACCAAGGGGGGGCUGUGGCUCAGAUGAGGUCUUUCUGUUUUCUUCUCUCCCAUUUGACAUCGUCGGUGGGUCAUUCCAGUCUCCCAUGACCCUCACACGCUGCUGUCUCCUUCUUCCCAGCCCUGUCCUCAGACUGAGUCCCCAAGUACGGCCAGGCCCCCUCCAAAGCCUAGCAGGUGUCAGACACAGCCUGGCAGCUCCUGCCCGGGGUUGAGGGCUGGGAGGCCCGGUGGGCUGGGCGGGGGGCGGGCUCUGAGGCAGGGAAGGAGUCUCAUAUCCCCUGAGGUUCUGAGGGAGGCAGGGGAUGGGCCAGGGAGCAAGAUGACAGAAGUGUGGGAUCUGGGGGAGGUUCGGAUGUGGCAAUAAAGAGAUGGGACAAAGGCAGCAAACAGACCUGGUGUGGUGAGGGAAGGAGUGGCAGAAAUACUCUCUGGGUCCAGGACGGGGGGUGGUUCUCUCCAGAAAGUCCCUGUCCCCUUCCAGACGUAGUCACAGAGGUCUGAGUUUCUAAAUGAGUG